AUGCCCAAAAAAGUCGAGCGAACACGCACCUUCACAGGCUGUCGAACAUGUCGUUCGCGCCACGCAAAAUGCGACGAGGCUCAGCCCGAAUGUGGAACCUGUAAACGACUGGGGCUUGCGUGUGGAGGUUACGGAGCACGGCUGUUUUGGAUCAGGGAUGAUGCUGUUCGCCCGGAGCUGCAGCAGAGCCAUCGGGGCUCGGAGUAUCGGUAUCCACUAUUCUCCGAGAGUGAGAGACGGUUGAUGAGUGAUGAGUUGAAGGGGAGUUUGGGGAAGAGAACGGCGUUGGCGUUGUUGGCGGAUAUUGAUUCUGCGUGUGAGAAGAGUGAUGUUGGAGAUGCGUUGAUGAGAGGGCCUUUUGGGGUUUUUCAGUCUCUUGAGGAGAAGGAGUCGACGUUGGAUACUAUUGAGUGCUCUCCUGAUACUAACACUGAUAAUACAUCGACGAGUAUGUAUGCUGAGACUGAUGGGCUCAUCGAAGAAAUUCAACGAACAGACUGGCCCGAUCAGCUACCUGAAGAUGACUUGGAUAUCUUUACAGCUUCAUUGGAUCCGAGCUUCAACAUCAAUUCUGAAGACCUAACAGCAGGCGAUCAGAUGAAUAGUCAUGAUUCUAUGGCAAACUUCUUCGUCGAUGAUCCGAUGGGCGCUGAAGGCCUCGCUCUCUUCAGUCCAGGCUUCAUAUCCCAAGUCAUGGGACACGACACCGCGCAAGAAGACACCAUCGACCCAAGUCUUCAAGCCUCAAUGAACGAAGUAGUCCCCUACCCAAGAAAUAUCACAAGCCCCUCCAUCCUUCCCGAAGAAGCAGAGCCACUACUCCGCCACUACAGACAACACAUCGCCGGCCAACGCUCAACAAUGCGAGCUAAACGCAAGUCUCCCUGGGAGAUCAUAUUUCUGCCCUGUGCUCUCGAGACAUUUGCUGAGCUAUCGCUAUGGAACGAAGCUUCUCAUACCCGCUCUUCGAUAUUUUAUACACUUCUUGCUCAUAGUGCGUUGCAACUUCAUAUGUCCAAGGCACCGAAGUCUUUGGCGGCGGAUUGGAAGGAGGUUGGGUUGAAGAAUCAUGAACGUGCGCAGAACCAUCUGAGACAGGCGUUGCAGCAUGAGAUGUUUGGGCCGAGACAGGCGAGUUAUAAGGAGCUUUUGAUGGCCAUUUUAGCUAUGGCGAUGACUUCACUGCAUAAUGGAGCUCGUGCAUUUCGCAUCUUCCUCCUCGAUGCAGAACGCCUCAUCCGCCUACGCGGUCUGGCAAACCAAACCCAAAACCCCUUCAAGUCACGGCUUCUGCAUCAUAUGUACACUCAUCUCCGAGUCAUUGCAGAGAGUAUAUCCCUCUGGGGUGAACCUCUUCCCGAAAGCUCUUCAGAGAUCCAAGGCCGUGAGCAAUUUCGAACAUUCCGUAUCACGGAAGAGGGCCUGAACAUGGGUCUUGAUCCCGCUCAAGAAAAGACUGAUGAGCUUGGAUACAAUGACAUUCAUCUUGAAGUCCAAGGACGCUGGACUCAGACUCUUUAUCCGGUCAUUUACGGGAUACCCGAGUCUCUUAUGACGCUCUUGUCACAAACGGUCUCCUUGUCUAAUGAGAAGAACCGUCUUGAGACUGUUGCGCGCUGCAACCCCUCUAUAUCAGAAGCUCUCUCCAAACAUACCAAAACCCUCGAAAACAGAAUCUGGGCAUGGCCCUCAACCCUCGACCCCACCGAGCCCGUCAAAAUGCCCACAGGCGACGAAGACCUCGUUCGCCAUCCUCAAGUUCGCUCAAUGACACUAGCAAUCCACCAAGCGUUGGUGAUAUACUUCUACCGAAGAGUCUAUGACAUGAACGCCAUGAUAUUGCAAGACCUUGUUCGAAAGACGCUGGAGUAUCUCGAGCCGUGUCUGAGUGAGUUGAUCGAUGAUCAGGAUUUUGCUACGAGUUUGGCGUGGCCUGCUUUUGUGGCAGCUUGUGAAGCUGUGAGUCCGGAUUUGCAGGAGCGAGCGUUGAAGUGUUUGGGGGUUACGGAUGAUAAGGGUGUUUAUUUUACGAACAGGCCGGCUGGGGUUGUUGUGCCCUUGAUUUGGGAGAAGAGGAAGCAGUCUGGGGAUUGGACUACGAGUUGGCAGAGUCUUGUACAGGAAAGUCUAGCAUAG